AUGUUCGUAUGUGAAUUAAUUAUCGUGUUCAGGAUGGUGGGCGGGGAGGUGAUGAACGGCUAUGUGAUAGCGGCCCGGUACGAGCUGCUGGAGGCCGCCCGCAGGGGGAAGGAGGGCGAGAAGGUGCAAGAGGGAGGGGGGGAGGACGAGGGCGAGCUGCUGGGCCACAGGCGCUCUCCCUCCCCCACUGCACAUGCCCCGUCCCUCCCAUGCCCACAACUGCCGCCCCCGCCGCUCCCGACUGACGAGCAGGAGGCCGACGAGCAGCAGCAGGAGCAGGGCACCGGGCAGGCCAAGAUCAACCCGCCACAGAAGAAGCGCCUCAAAAGUCAGGUACUGUUUGUCUUUGGCAGAGACAGUGAGACACGACGAUAUCAGAUUGUCUUGCGUAUGUGGUGGUAUUGUGUGCUUGUAGGUGCAUUGCUGCUUACAUUUUAUAUUAUCAGUGAACUUUUCAAUCUGCCUCCAUCGUGCCGACGUUUGCCUGAGAAGGUGCGGGGAGAGACCGAGAAAUAUCUUUCCUUUGUCAUUGUGUCUCAAUUUCAUUUCAGGUGUGCCGGCGAUCCAUCGCCGCCUGCAUUUUAUAUUCGCGAAUUCCUUCGUCCGCCUCCACAUGUGCAGCCAGCAGCCUCAUUCCUGGCGCGAGAAGGUGUGAGGGAGGCGAGCUGCUCGAUGCCAUUGUUGAUGACGAUGUUGAUGAUGUCGAGGCCGAAGCAGCGAACAGA